AUGGCGAGGACAACGGUUCAUCGUCGCCACGAGACAAGGAUGAGUUACGAUCACAUGAAAAUCCUACAUGGCGAACUUUUGGAAGGAAUUCUAUCGUUCGUCAACGAAGAAGUGGAUACUGUCAUCGAUGAAAAGAUCCAACAGGAUUCCUUGAAGUUGAGCAACAGCAAGCAGGACGUGGGAAGGAUUCACUGUCAGAGUAUCAAAACUUUCGGCAUCUCCGAGACGAGCAUCAUCAAGAUAGUCUUCAUCCAAGUACACCUGAACGGUAUCCCCCUUGACAUCGUCGUUGUUAUGAAUCUUGACAGAAAAAUGGGAUUGCAGCAGACUCACUCGAGACUCCUCGCCAUCGUAGAUUCUGAUCAUUCCUUGAUGCCACACCUGCUCGUCGAGAUCGUUCACACAGAGGAAUCGAUUUCUGUGGUAUACGCCGACUUCGUUCCUCGCACGCCGAAUGAGAUGCUGAUGAAAUCGAUCUUGAAGCCAGAUGAAUAUACAAGAUCGGUCUCACCUAUCCUUCAAAAUAAUCUGUCACUUGUCAAGAGUCGCUACGUGGAGACUGCAAGAAAAUCGAAAGAGAGCAGGCCCAACAACAAUUUCUCUCUGGAUGGAGUCCAACAAAUCAGUGCUGUGGGUCAAAUCCCGAGCUCUUCAUCGCCUUUCCAAGUCUUGAUCCCUGCGGCUCAACUGACGGCAGUCAUCGCACUGAGCGUGCGAAACUUGAUAGGAGAGUGGCUGGCGCUCCUUCGUGUAACUGCUCCUUUCCUCGCUGUCACGGAUCGGAUGUUGGAGGGGAUUUGGCAGCAGGAGAAGCUCCUCGAUUUGUCGCUUUUCAACCCGAGAGAUGAUCCUCUCGCCUCAAGGCUGAACCGAAUAGACCACACGUUCAUCGUCAAUAUUCGUAACUUUCUCAACCUCGGGCCUCUCACGCAAAGGCACACAGGCAUUCAGGUGAAGCAUACAGUGUUGAAGACGUCGAGGAUGUCAAAGCUGCAUGGCGCCAAGGAGUGUGCCAAGUCAAGCAUCAUGGCGUUUGAUGAUCCCGACCUAAGGAAAAAGAUGAGCUGCGCUGCGUUCGAGAAGAAAGCGCAAAGAUUCCACGAACGUAUCGACGUCAGGUCGCCCACCAAGAAAGUCUCUCAUCAUCUCGACCUUCCAUCGAGUCCAACGAGUCUUUCGCGCAACGGGCAGAGGAGCCCGAAGACAAAUUCGUCUUCGAGGAUGGAGAAGCAGCGGCGAGGAGAAAGCCCAAAGCUGUUCCCGGAGGAUCAAAAUAGUUGUCACUGGUCUGCUGAAGCGAUGAUGAAUGGAGACGAGAAGAGAGUUGAGGAGCAGGUUGUUAAGUUAGAGAACGAGAAGCAAAACCUGGAUGCGAGCAACAACAACGACGAGGAGUCAAUGGAGAAGCAGAAUGGGGGUGAAGGAGAAGAGCAGGAUAGAGGAAAAGGAGAGGAGGAGGACCACGAGGACGAAGUGGAACGGAGCUUACUUUCAAAGAUGGGUGAAGGACUCGGAACGGCAUCUCCCGCUGGUCAUCCCACCCAACUUUCUCCAGCACGAUCUCGAGAAGAUGGAGCUGCGAGCAGGAAAGAGGAGGAUGAGCAGGUUUCUGAACCGGAAGAGGGAGCUUCAACCCACCAGCAGGACAGCUUCAAUGAGAUCUCAGAGGAGGAGAUCAUGGCGGCGGCCGCAAGAGCCAUGAACAUCCUCGACCUUCAUAUUCUACGGUCUCACCGCCAGCAACGGGAAAGUGAGAGAAAGUCUCCGUCAGACUGUAUCUACGAGGAGGAGAAGAGAGGGAGGGAUGGAGGGAUGCUGAAAGGAGACAUGGAGGGAAUCUCGGCUAAGGAAGAGGAGAAGCGGCAGCACGAUGAACAGGAGGGACCAGGGGAUCAAAAGGGGCAGGAUCAGGAGCAGGAGCAGGAGAAUGAGCAGGAGCAGGAGGAGGAGCAGGAGGAGAUUGCAGCUGAUGAGCAGGAGGAGCAUCAGGUUCACGAGGAAGGUUACGAGGGGGGAAACUCAUCGAACGAGGACGAGCAUUCCUCUGGAGGGGAUGAGUUCGAGCAUGUGAGUAAGAGAGAAGCCCUGUGGACAGACUGCAACCUGGACGAGCUCAAGAAGCUGGACGAGAGGUCUUGGGAGAUCGUCUCCAGCCUGCGGCAGAUCCCUGUGGCCACCCUGCAGGUGGAGGCGGAGCAGAGACUAUCUGGGCCCCUCCGUUCCUCCUCGUCCCGAGGGCAGAAGAGCGUCAUGCUCCAUGUGCUGAACUGCACGACUCUCUCGCUGUCCCUCCAGCGCUACGGUGGAGAGCAGAUGCGUUGGGCGAUCCUCCCUCCUCCCGAGAUCUCGCCGGGGGAGGAGAUCGUGAUGGCCAGCGAGUCUCUUGGUGGUUUACUCUCCAGUCCCUCGGCUGAGGUGGCGUACGAGGUGAAGACAGGAGAAGGAGGAGGAGGAGAAAGCAGCGGCGGCUUCGGCAGCGUUGAGUUCUACAUGCGGUGGGAGUUAUCCCUUUCAGGACGCGUCGUCUUCUCCUCCAGCGCGUCGCCAGGAUGGCACGUGGAGAGGGAGUACCUCAACGGCAACAGCGGCAGCCAUGCGACCUCGCGCUUCUUCCUCCUCCGCACCCCCUGCCCGCUGAGCUUCAUCGCCCUGCAGGAAAGCUACAGGAUGGGUCACAGGCAGAGGAAGGAAGGGAGUUCCUCCCUGCGACAGCAUCCCCUAAACCUCUUCCAGCUGGACUGCGACCUUCACGCGGGGCUCCGAUGCACGCGGGAGAGGACAAGGCACAUCGUCUCGUGGCUGCACCGCUGCUCCUUCCCCCUCAGCGGGCUGGAGAAGGAGGGCAACCUCGACAUCCUUGUCCUCCUUGGAGUCCAUGCUGAGGCCGCGCGUCUCGAGCUCCUCAAGUCGUUCUCGACUCCUCUGGGACUCGCUCACGUCGUCGCCGAGGUUGGCUGUCGCUCGCUUGGCCUCACUGGAGACUCCGGCAUCCUCCUCGCGUCCAAGUUUCCCGUCCUUUCCCAUCGCUUCUUCUCUUUCCCGGGGCACGAUGGCUGCAGCCAUCCAGGGAUCAACCUGCCCAAGGGGAGCUACGGAGGAAUGCUUGCUGUGCUGCUGGACCUGUCCAGGAGGCGGGCGGGGGAUAGACUUGUUGUGUUCGUGAGCACGGUUCCAAACCAGGAGGCGAUCUGGAAGGCGAUGAGGAAGGCUAUGUCUUCCUUUAUGUCCGCCUGCCAGGUCCCAACCUCCACCUCUGCUGCUCUUCUUAUUGGGAAGUUCGAAGGAGUUCCCUUCCUCUCUAAAGGGCUGGACGUGCGGGAGGGCGCGGAGAGGGAGGGCGAGCUUGCAGCACAGAACCACCUCCUGCUCCCCGUGAUGGAGCUGCGAGAUCUCUUGAUGGAUCCGAAGCCGUCGGAAGAGCGAGGAGGAGGAAGCGCGAAGACCUUCGGGGGGCUGGGGGAGGCAGUCGCUCGGUCCCUGGCCAUCGGGACAUACAGCAGUGCCAAGUUUCCGAGGACAUGGGAUCCAACAUACAACUCGCUUGCUGCCUCCGUGGCAGACAAGAAGAGACCUCCUCGAGGGUCUAUGGCGAUGCCAUGCAGAAUCAGUGCGAUUCUUGCUGUCGACGCGAUCUUGGGCAUCGAUGACAAGAACGGAUCAUCUCGUGGCGGAGGCGAUCAGGGCUACCCUCAGGCGCAGAAGUGUGUCAGAGAGGACAUGAUGAGCCAAGUGAUGCGCGAAUGCUUUCGGCCGGUAGAAUGUCUGCACAUCAGUGUGGAGCCUCUAGGAGCAACAGCGGCUUCCCAGCCGUCGGGAAAUUAUGCUGUGCUUGCAUCGCUCAUCAUCAGUGAUCGCUAG